GCGUUGGACGUCCUCGUUAACGGUAGGCUGAAUAGCGGAUUCAAACGGGUUGUGUGGUAGUCGUCGGGUCGUUGUUGUCGUCGCCGCCGUCGUUAUUCUCCUCAAGUACAAAAAGGAAUACAUAAUAGUCAAAUGAAUAAAACACUGCCACACCAAGAAUAACUAAGCAAAAAAAUUUUGUGAAUAUGUGCUGAACCGAUCGAAACACCAACAUCACAAAUCAAAACUAGAAAUUGAGCCAAAAAGAAAACCUACUACUAAUAUCGAAUUUAUUUCUUAAGUAAUUCUUUUCUUGGUCAUAGAGAUCGAAAAGAACUCCAAUAACACAACGAAUCGAAAUAACUAUGAAACGCAGUAAGUGGAGCAGUAGCUCCACACAACGUUUCAUGAUUUCAUGGACACUGCUGGUCGCCUUGUUAGCGAGUUGUGGGCCACAAUUGUCGCUGGGUCAGCGUGGAGCCACCACAUUUAUGCCUGCCUUAGAAUGUUACGAUAAAUACAAUAAACCUCAGAGAUGUAUGCCAGAAUUCAUAAAUUCAGCUUACCAACUACAAAUUGAAGCGACAAAUACUUGUGGCGAGCAAGGCGAUAAUCAUUUCUGUGUACAAACGAUGAACUCAAAUCAGAAGAACUGUGAAUUUUGCAGAUGGGAGGAUCACAAUCCAUCAUUUUUAACCGACUUGCACGAUCCACAAAAUCCAACAUGGUGGCAAUCUGAGACCAUGUACGAAGGCAUCCAACAUCCGAAUCAUGUCAACCUCACAUUAAAUUUGCGUAAAUCAUUUGAUAUCACCUACGUACGGUUGCUCUUCCGCUCGCCACGACCAGAAUCGUUUGCAAUUUAUAAGCGAACCUGUGAGACAUGCCCCUGGAUACCAUAUCAGUACUACAGUGCCACCUGUCGAGACACGUACGCAUUACUCGACACACGUUCGGUGCGUAAGGGUGAGAGUGAGGCGCAUGCUUUUUGCACCAGCGAGUACAGUGACAUUUCACCAUUGAGAGAUGGUGAAAUUGCCUUCUCUACAUUGGAAGGUCGUCCUAGUAGCAUACAUUUUGAACAUAGUCCGGAAUUACAGGAAUGGGUGACGGCCACCGAUAUACGCAUUACUCUCGAUCGCCUCAAUACGUUCGGUGACGAGUUGUUUGGCGAUGCUCAAGUACUCAAAUCAUACUUUUAUGCCAUCUCCGAUAUUGCGGUGGGAGCUCGUUGCAAGUGUAAUGGUCAUGCCAGUAAAUGUGUGGACAGCACCGGCAUGAAUGGAGAGCGUCGACUGGUUUGUGAGUGUCGUCACAACACCGAUGGUCCAGACUGCGAGAGAUGUUUGCCACUGUACAAUGACGUCAAAUGGAAAAUGGCCACUUCUUUGGAUGUCAAUGAAUGCAAACCUUGCAAUUGUAAUGGCUUUGCUGAUAAGUGCUUCUUCGAUGCCCAUCUGUUCAAUACCACUGGUCAUGGUGGCCAUUGUCUGGAUUGUCGUGAAAAUCGUGAUGGUGCCAAUUGUGAACGCUGCAAGGAGAACUUCUAUAUGCGUGAGGACAACUAUUGUGUGCAUUGUGGUUGUGAUCCUGUCGGUUCGCGUUCACUGCAGUGUAAUAGCCAGGGCAAGUGUCAGUGUAAGCCCGGAGUCACGGGUGACAAAUGUGAUCGUUGCGAUUCGAAUUUCUAUCAAUUCAGUGCCCAUGGCUGUCAGCCUUGUGGUUGUGAUCCUAGAGGUUCUCAUCAAAAUAUGCCCGCUUGUGAUGCGGAAACAGGCAUUUGCCAUUGUAAGGACAAUGUUGAGGGAAAACGUUGCAAUGAAUGUAAACCGGGCUUCUUCAACUUGGACUUGGGCAAUCGCUUUGGCUGCACACCCUGCUUCUGUUAUGGCCACACCUCGGAAUGUCAAACGGCUCCCGGCUAUUCUGUUGUCUCGACCACUUCGAAUUUCAACAAGCACAAGGAACGCUGGAGUGCCACCGACCUGUACAAUCAAGAAGUGGACAUCAAAUACAAUCAGUACAGCCAUAGCAUAGGAACCACCGCCCAUGGCAACGACUAUGUCUACUUCUUGGCCCCUGAUCGCUUCUUGGGUGAUCAGAGAGCUUCAUACAAUCGCGAUUUGAAAUUCAAAUUGCAAUUGGUGGCUCAAAUAGCUCCUAGUACCAGUGCCAGUGAUGUUAUAUUGGAGGGUGCUGGCACCAAGAUAUCGCUGCCCAUUUUUGCCCAGGGCAAUGGUAUGCCCGACCAGUCGAGCAAGGAGUAUGUUUUCCGCUUGAAUGAGCAUCGCGAUUAUCAGUGGCAACCAAGUCAAUCGGCUCGUGGCUUCCUUUCGAUUUUGUCAAAUUUGACUGCCAUUAAGAUUCGUGCCACCUACUCAAAGCAGGGUGAGGCCAUUUUGGACGAUGUGGAAUUGCAAACGGCUCACCGUGGUGCUGCUGGCCACCCGGCUACAUGGAUCGAACAAUGUACCUGCCCCGAAGGUUAUUUGGGGCAGUUCUGUGAAUCUUGUGCCCCUGGUUAUCGUCAUAGUCCUGCUAGAGGCGGCCCCUUUAUGCCCUGUAUUCCUUGCGAUUGCAAUGGCCAUGCCGAUAUUUGUGACUCGGAGACGGGUCGCUGUAUCUGUCAGCACAACACCACCGGUGACAACUGUGAUCAAUGUACCAAAGGCUAUUACGGCAAUGCCUUGGGAGGCACCAAAUACGACUGCAAACGCUGUCCUUGCCCCAAUGAUGGCGCCUGUAUGCAGAUUAGUGGCGACACUGUCAUUUGUACCGAGUGUCCUGUGGGCUACUUUGGUGCCCGUUGCGAACAAUGUUCGGAUGGUUUCUAUGGUGAUCCCACCGGCCUGAGUGGUGUUGUCCAGACCUGUAAGUCCUGCGAUUGUAAUGGCAAUGUCGAUCCCAAUGCUGUGGGCAACUGCAACCGCACCACUGGAGAAUGUCUUAAAUGCAUCCACAACACUGCCGGCCAGUAUUGUGACAAGUGUUUGCCCGGCCACUUUGGUGACCCCCUGGCCUUGCCGCACGGUCAAUGCGAUCGUUGCAGUUGUUAUCCCCAUGGCACUGAGCAAAACCAAGAUGGCAUCUCCCAGUGUGAUCAAGUUACCGGCCAAUGCCAGUGCAAACCAAACGUUAUAGGGCGUGAUUGCGGUGAGUGUCAGCCCGGCUACUUCAACAUCAGAUCCGGCAAUGGUUGCGAGAAUUGUAUGUGCGAUCCUGUGGGAAGUUACAAUUCCACCUGCGACCGCAUGACCGGCCAGUGUUUCUGUAAACCCGGCAUUGUGGGUCUGCACUGUGAUCAGUGUGCUGUGUAUCAUUAUGGCUUCUCUACGGAGGGCUGCAAGCCCUGCGAGUGUGAUGAGAGCGGUUCCAAGGGCUUCCAGUGCGAUCAGAAUGGCCAAUGCCCUUGCAAUGACAAUGUGGAGGGCCGUCGUUGCGAUCGUUGUAAGGAGAACAAAUAUGACCGCCACUUGGGCUGCAUCGAUUGUCCCGACUGCUACAAUCUUGUGCAGGAUGCGGCCAAUGAACAUCGCGCCAAGUUGUCCAAUUUGAGUUCCACUCUAGAUGAGAUUUCCCGCACCCCCGUCACCAAUGAUGGAGAGUUUGAGGGCAAAUUGAAGGCAGUGCAAGAAAAGGUGGACAUACUCCUAAUGGAUGCCAAAUACGGCGUGGGUGAGGGAGGACGCACCUAUGUGGAGGUUAUGGAGGAUUUACGCAAGCGCCUGGAAAGUAUAAACACACAUCUCGAUAAUGCCGACACCUUGCAAGAUGCUGCCAAUAUUGAAAUAGAAAAGGCCAAGCAGAAUCACACCAAUGUGCAGGACAUAAUCGAAGCUGCCAAGAGUGAUCUUAAGAAUGCCCUGAAUAUGUUGAACGACGAGGGAGCCCAGGCUUUGGCCAAGGCCCAAAAUAAAUCCGUGGAAUUUGGAGUGCAAUCCAAUCAAAUUUCCGAUAUAUCGCGUGAAGCCAGAGCCUUGGCAGAUCGCCUUGAGUCAGAGGCCCAAUUUGAUUUGAAAAAUGCCAAGGAUGCCAGCGAUGCGGUGGAGAAGGCCUAUGAAUUGGCCAAGAGUGCCAUUACCUUGCAACAAAAGGUUAGCGAUGAAUUGAGAACUGAUAUCAGACUGGAAUUGGACACAGUCCAGACGACCCUGGCCACCACGGCACAAAUCACCAAAGAAGCCUUGCGCAAAGCCAAUGAGGUAUACGAUGCCGCAUUGACACUGCUGACAGAUGUAAAUGGCCUGACCGCGCCGAAUAUCGACAUCAAAAAACUGAAAGAAGAAGCUUUGGAAGCCAACAACCAAGCCAACGAACUAUUGGCCAAGGUCAAUGAUGUUUCCAACAGCAAUGAUGAACUUUUUGGAAAUUUGGAGGACCAGCUUCUCCUAUCAAAGGUGAUGUUGGAAAGAGCCAAUCAACAAAAGAAAGAGGAAAUUGAUUUGCUUAAGAGAGCUCAGGAUGCCUUCGAUAAGGCUACCAAGGCGGUGGAGCAGGGCGAUAAUACCUUGAAGGAAGCCAAUAACACUUAUCACACUUUGGCCGGUUUCCAAGCCGAUGUUGAAAAAUCUGCGGCAAAUGCCGAAUUGGCCCUAAAAACGGUUGGCAGCAUUGAAGCAGAAAUUAAUAAGGCAGAUGAUUUAAUACGACAAGCCGAACGAGCCUUGGAAGGUGCCAACAAGAAUGCCGAUGAAGCCAAAAUGAAUGCCCAAGAAGCUCAACAGAAGUUUGCCGAACAAGCCUCAAAGGAUGCCGAAUUCAUACGCCGACGAGCCAAUGAAACAAAAGUCAAUGCACGUAAAUUAAGAGAUGAAGCGGAUCAAUUGAAUCAUCGCGUCAAGAUAACUGAAACCGAUAUUGCUCGUUUGGAGGAGUCCUCAAGUAAGGAUGACAAUCUGGUGGAUGAUGCCAAACGAAAGGUGGGUCAAGCUAAGGCCGACACUGAAGAAGCGAAGAAACAAAUUGAUAAGGCUGUCAAAGAGCUGGAAGAUAUUCGCGAUGAGUUAGUCAAUCUAAAGGAUAUCAAUACAGCGGAUUUGGAUCAAUUGGAAAAACGCUUGGACACCGUGGAGGCCGAUGUUGCCAGGGCCAAUUUGACCGGUCGCAUUGAUAAAUUCCGUGAAAUGCGCAACAUACAAAAGAAGACCAUUGACAAAUACGAAAGGGAAAUGCAAGAACUUGUGGCUGAAGUUACCAAUGUUCGUCUUAUAUCGGAAGCACUGCCAGCGGAAUGUUUCUCCAGAAGUCGAUUGGAACCUUAAAGAGACCUAUUGUCCCUUUUUUGGGACAAUGGCCUCAAAGCACUCACAUACACCACUAAAGCCAAUCAACAACAAAACUAAAUUACAGAACAAAUCAUUUUUUUUUUUAAAUAAUAUAUACCAUAGAUCAUAACAUAAUUUAGUUAAAGAAAUCUUAAUUAAGCUUUAUUAAAACAACAAGAAGAAGAAGAGUAGUAGCGUUAAUUUUUUUUAUUAUUGCAAUACACCAAAACUUGUCUUUUGCUUUCUCCGUACAAAAUGAAAAACUAGCCUUUGAGGGAGUAACGGUUGCUGAGAAAAAUAUCUCACCAAACAUAAAGUGCCCAAUAGACUUUCCCUCUUGGGCGAGUUAUUGGAGUUAUAACUUGCCUUAUAUUAUUUCUUCUUUGUUUGUUUUUUUCUUGUCAUAAAAUUGUGUAUUGUAAUUUUUGUGUAUUAAUUGUAGAAAAGAUACUUUUUUCUUAAAAUGCUUUUGAAAUUCGAAUAUGCCGCCUUUUUGUCAUUGAAUAUCUGCACUAUAUACAGAACAAAAUCACCUUACAAGCAUAUACAUCGCAUAUAUAGCUGACUACUUAUUUUUAUUUGUCUUCUUUUUUCACACAAAAGUAUCAUUUCACAAUAUUUUGUACUUGUAUGUGCCAAUAUUAUGUUAAAAAUUUCCACAACCUAUUUGACUGCAUUACAUUGCAAAGCAGUAUGAGGAAAUUGCUAGUUUAUAAUUUAAGACUUUCGUAAUAAAAAAAUAACAUUGAUGUAUUUCACGAAAAAGAAAAAUAUUUUUAUAG